AUGCUAAAUGAAUCGGUCUCCCAACGCUCCGCAGGCAAUGAAUCGGUGCUAUUCUCGCCGGAAAACUACUCGCAACCUGCAUCGGUGCAUGAUCUAGGAACCCAACUUCAAAACUCCGCCAUUCUGGAAGUUUCUUCAGGCUCACAGCAAAUGACACCUCGGGCAGCACAGAUUGGCCCUGCCAAGAUGUCAAGCUCUGCUUCAAAGCGGAAAACCGUCGCGGAUUACCAAUUCGGAACUAUCAUCGGAGAAGGCUCGUAUUCCACUGUUUACUCGGCAAUCGAUAGACAGCAGGGCAAAACAUACGCCGUGAAGGUGUUGUCCAAGAGACAUAUAGUCAAGGAGAACAAGAUCAAGUACGUCAAUAUCGAAAAACUCACCCUCCAUCGACUAGGUCAACAGCACCCGGGGAUUGUCCAGUUAUACUGCACGUUCCAAGACGAGUCCAACCUAUUCUUUGUCUUGGAUUUCGCCGAGUAUGGCGAAUUGCUCUCGAUUAUAAGGAAGUUUGGGUCGUUAUCGGAGCAAGUGCUGAAAUUCUAUAUAUGUCAAAUCAUUGACGCAGUACUGUUUAUCCACCUGAAGGGAGUUAUCCACCGAGAUUUGAAACCAGAGAAUAUCUUAGUUGGCAACAAUUUCAAUUUAAAGAUUACAGAUUUCGGAGCCGCCAAGCUCUUGGGAAAAUCCGACGAGAAUGGGGAGCUGGUGGACCCUGGCUCGCCGACUCCAGAGCGACUAGGUUCGUUUGUUGGCACUGCGGAAUACGUAUCGCCCGAGCUUUUAAAGCACAACAUUUGUGGGUUUGAAUCAGACGCGUGGGCAAUUGGAUGCAUUCUUUACCAGUUUUUCAUCGGCGUGCCUCCAUUUAAAGGUAAAACCGAGUACUUGACCUUUGAGCAGAUUAUCAAUGUCGAGUAUAGCUACGACCCGCAAAAGCCGUUACCUUCAGAUGUCAAGCUCUUGAUUGAUAGCAUCUUGAUUGCAAAUCCGGACGAGAGAUUCACUUUGCCCGAUAUGAUGGCUUCAAGUUGGCUUGCCGAUGUCAACUGGAAAGAUAAAGCCUGUAUAUGGCAGCGAAGGGUGCCCAAGUUUGAAAGCAACGAUUUCGAUUCAGUUUCAAAACAGCCUGCAGUUGGGGUCAAGAAUGGAACUAACAGAAACUUGAGCAAGAUGAACACCUAUCACCAGCUCCAGUCUCAAAUCCACACAUCUGAUCUUGGCUUUCUCCCCAAUUUUGGAGCGAAAAAGUCGUUUAAGCCACCUACGGCACUUGCGAAAGGCGCAUCUGCUCAUAAGAUUCCAUUAGCUUCACAAGAUUUGGCUUCAUAUGCAUCACCAUUACCAUCACCAUUACCAUCACCACCAGCACCAGGACCACAAGCACCAGUAUCAGCACCAGCACCACCACAACUGCAACCACAACCGAGGCAAAUCGAUGAAUCCGCUGGAAAACUUAAAAAAGAGCUCCAAACCGAUAUACUCCCGACGCACUCUCCACACCUUGCUCAUCAGUACCGUGCAACAAGCAAAACAGACAGGAGGAAUGCCCCACCUUCCUCAAUGUCUAGACAGGCCAAAUCUAGAACGGGAGCAAAAACAACAUCCACCACGUCUCCUCAAAGUCAGAGCAGCAGCCACCCUUACCAAACCAUUCUGGCGUCGUCGGAGCUUGUUCCCGUGUCUAGAUCGGACUGGCUUCGAACAGAAUCAAAUUCAUCAUCACCACCAAAAGCAACAAUGCCUUCGUCUCAAAAUCAUCCUUACCAAAACAUUGCCGCAUUGGAUAGAAACUCUUCAGCUAGGAAGGAUAAUCAAGUAGUUUCAUCAUCGCCUACCAACAAUACCAGCCGUUCGCUGGGACCCCAGAGUAAGGCUGCUGCUGCUGCGUUUACUACUCACACUCAAAGUCAGCAGAAAACCACUGCUGCCCCAUCUGAAGCUCGCGGCAAGGUCAAAGCUAAACCCAGUGUGAUAAAAUUCCGGGAAAUCUCUAGCUUGCUUUUCCCCAAUGAGAAAAUCAUGAAGAUGGAUAUCCUUUACAAAGCCCGUUUGUCCAACAGGUCCAUCGGUAUCGAUUACGACAGCCUAGAUGUGGUGAGUUUGGAGCAGAUUAUUAAAAAGAACCGGAAAAAAUUGCAAAACGACUUGGCUCUUGUCCAUGCAGUGGUCACCAACAUGGCCCGGAUUUUCCUAAUCAGCCCGUCGUUUGAGACCAUGAAGGUGGAUCUAAAGGCAAACAAGGGCAAGGACUACCUAAUGUACGAUUACGAAUUUGAAAACGACUUUGAAAGCGAGGAGCCACUCCCAGUGGACAAAUUGGGGUAUCUCAUCAUUGAGUUGGUGAAUGAAGGCGGCGACUUGAUUUUCUUGAAGCAAGCCGACGAUCAAGUGCACAGCAAAGCCGAGUUUCCCAAAAUUGCCGACAACAACGGCAAAGAAGUUCUCAUUGGGAAAAACUAUGGAUGGAUCGAUAGUUUGUUGAUUGCACGCGACGCUUCUCUCGAUGCUGAUCCUGCUGCUGCCACUGCUGCAGUUGCUACUAAUGCUGCUCCCGAUGCCGCGCCGCCAAAAGCAUCAGCCCCGGUUCCACCAAGGCAAAAUGUUUCAGCCAACUUAGCCUCCAAACCAAGAAAAGAAGUGGAAACGAAAAAAUCAAUCGAUAAGAAACUAACUAGGACAACGCAGCCCGCUCCAGCCCCAGCUCCAGCUCCAGCUCCCAGAUCCCAAGCUUCAAAAUUUGCAUUUGCAGCCGCCGCUGCUGUACACCACAAGUGA